UAUUUUACACCUUUUUUUUUUUUUUUGAAUUUUCACCACGUUUUAAAAUUUAUUAUGGGAUUAUUAAAUACAACUUUUUAGAUCCUUCCAGCUUGCCGUGAUGGAAGAACCGCCUUCGAUAGAAACCGUGUACGAAGCUAUUUAUGCUCUGUACAACCAAAACACCAACCCAGCCGAAAAGCAGCGAGCCUCCAGUUGGUUGAACGAAAUGCAAAAAUCGGUUUAUGCGUGGAAGAUAGCUGAUGAACUGUUGGCCAGAAAGAUGGAUCUGAAUUCUUGUUACCUAGCGGCCCAGACUAUGCGGUCCAAACUACAAAAUUCCUUUCAUGAAUUACCUCAAGAUUCACACACAUCAUUACGUGAUGCCCUACUGAACCAUUUGUCAAAAUUAGAUGAUACCACUGAUGGUGUAAUCGCUACACAAUUGUGUGUUGCAUUGGCACAUUUAGCUCUUCAAAUGGGUUCAUGGAAAAACGCUGCUGUAGACAUUGCAUCGCGAUACAAUUCGUUGAAAACGUGUUUUAUACUAGAAUUAUUAACUGUAUUACCUGAAGAAGUAAAUUCUCGAACAUUACGUUUAGGUGCAAAUCGUCGCUCUGAAAUUUAUACAGAAUUUAGUGAGAACUUGCCAGCCGUUAAUCAACUUCUAGAAUUAUGCUUAACAUCUGAACCAAAUGAUGAACGAAUUAAAAUACGAUCAUACAAAUGCUUUGCAUCAUGGUUGAAUAUUAGAAGUGUAUCAAUGUCGCAUGUAUGGAAUAGCAAUGUUCUAUCAAAUGCCUUUAAUGUGUUGUGUACUUUUGAUGGAUCUAAUAUGGUUCAAGAAGCAGCUGCAGAUGCAGUGAUAGCAUUCUUGCAAACUCUAGAAGAUAAUAAUAAUCAAGAUGAAAUACAGCUUGAAAUUUUAAAUUCUGUGAGUAGAUUGGAACAAGCCUAUAUGAUGUCAGUUACCAAUGAAGAUUUAGAUAGAACUGUUAAUUAUUGUAGAAUAUUUACAGAGUUGGCUGAAUCUUUAGUAAUGACUAUGAUAAACAAAAGCCUAGGAGCUAAUGGUCUUCCACAUUUUUCAAUUAAAGCAUUAGAAUUAGUUAUUUUAUGUGCCAACCAUCAUGAUUAUGAGGUUUUAUUAAUAACUUUCAAUCUCUGGUUUAGGCUAUCUGAAGAAUUGUACAAACUAAAUAAUAAUACUCUAACUGAAAUGUUUAAGCCUUAUUUUGAGCAAUUAAUUGGUGCAUUAUAUAAACACUGUAUGAUUGAAACCGAUCGUGAAGGUCUAUUAGAUGAAGGCGGUGAAGAUUUUGCUGAUUUCCGAAUGAAAUGUUCAGAUUUAAUUAAAGAUGUAGUUUUUAUAGUUAGCUCAUCAGCCGUUUUUCAACAAAUGUAUAUGCUCUUGCAAACAGCUUCUCUGUCAAAUGCAACUUGGGAUCAAAUGGAAGCUGCUCUAUUUAUUAUGCAAGCCAUCGCUCGAAAUAUAUUACCACAUGAAAAUGAGGUGGUUCCUAAAGUGGUAGAAGCUAUUCUCAAUAUGCCAGAAACCGUUCACAUAAACAUGAGAUAUACUUCAGUCAUGCUGUUAGGAGAACUAUGUGAUUGGAUUUCUCACGAACUUCAUUCUGAGACUCUAGAACCUAUAUUAAAUUAUCUGCAGUAUUGUCUGCGUCAACAAAAUCUUGCUGCAAUCACUGCAAAGUCCUUACACAGUAUUUGCACUACAUGUCGACAUCAUAUGGUCAAACAUCUCAGUGGACUUCUAGAAAUCCUUAAAGUUGUGGAUAUGUUAAAUUUGCCCAAUGAUGUUGCAAUUGGAUUGUUAAAAGGUGUUGCUGUAAUUGUGGCUGAAGUACCAGAGGAACAUGUAUACAAAGCAAUAAAAGAAAUUUGUUGGAGGCAGUUAAAUCCAUUAUUGGCUCUAGCUGAGUCUACAUCAGAUACAACUAUUCCUGAAACUAAUACUCCUUCAGAUCCAAUUUAUUGGUUAGAUCGUUUGUCGGCAAUUUUAAGACAUUUAGUAACCAAGACACAUUCUGAAAAAGAUCAAUGUGUAGUUGCUGUAGUUGAAAUGUGGCCAUCCAUGUCAAAAAUAUGUACUAGAUACAAAACAGAUGCACGUAUUACUGAACAUUUUUGCCGAUGUCUUCGAUUUAUGAUUAGAUUGGUUAGCCGAUCAACAGUUGCACUUUUAGCACCAGUUGCGCAACAAAUAGCAUUUUUAUACAAAGAACACCAUCACAGUUGUUAUCUUUACAUUGGUUCAAUUAUGGUAGACGAAUAUGGUUCCAAAUUCGACAACCCACUUGUUAUGUCGCAGUGCCAUUCAAUUCUAUUAGAAAUGAUUGAUGCAUUUAUUGAACCAGCAUUCCGAUUAUUUAGCGAACAGGAUGGACUCAGAAACUAUCCAGAUACUGUGGAUGAUUUUUUUCGGUUGGCAUGCCGAUUUAUACAAAAACUUCCCAUGCCUUUUCUUCAAUCUCCUGUACUUGAAGUAAUAAUUAGAUGUAGUAUAACAGCUGUGUCAUUAGAUCACAAAGAAGCUAAUGCAUCUGUUAUGAAAUUCCUAUUAGACUUAUUAAUAUGUGGAAAAUCAAAAAAAGACAAUACUAACUAUGAAGAGCGUAAACAAUAUGUUAGAUCAAUUGUUAAUUCAAUCGGUGAACAAUUAGUAGACAAUUUAAUUCAAGCCAGUGUAUUCUCGCUUCAAACAUACAUGUUGCCUGAUGUAAUUGAUGUCAUUAUUGAACUAAUGGCAUAUGAUAAAGAUCAAACAUUAAGAUGGUUAAAUGGAGCUGUAGAAAAAUUACCAAAAAAAAAUUCUGCUGGUUUAGUUACAGCAACUAAUGAACAGUGUUUACAAUUUUUGAAUUCUUUUCAUUGCUAUGAAAACGAUGGAGAAUUAUGUCGUUCUUUACGAGAAUUUUCAAGGUAUUUCCGGUAGUGUUGACCCAUGUAAUUAAUAAAUUUCAUUAAUUUAUAUUUUUUCAAUAUUACUAAAUUUUUGACCUCUUGCUGUUUAAAAUAUUUUGUUUUUAAUUUGUAAUGUUUCACCCAAUUUUAUUGUGCUUAUAGUUAUAAAAAAACUAAAAGUGUAUGGUCAAUGUUCGAUCACUUCUAAUUGCAGUAUAGUAAUUAUACUAACUAUUGUGAAUAAAUAAAUGAGCACCUAUUGAACAUUUUUCACACGUUUGUUGUGUGAAGUUUAUUCAUUAUUGAAUGAUGUACAAAAGGAGCUCUAAUUUUUUUUUUUC